AUGUCUUAUUAUUUCUGUGUUGUGGGAACGAAAGAUAAUCUUUUGUAUGAGGCAGAUCUAUCUCCGGCAUCUAUAUCGUCUUCAAGUGUGACUGGCACUUCCUCCGUCACGGGUACAGGUGCUACGCCUGAUACCGAUCGUCAGCGACAUAGUACCGUCUUCGGAUUUACGAAUGCGCUCGGUCAGUGGACCAGCGGCUUUCCGUUGCGUCCAGCCUCAAUAACUACGCAGGAAGCUGUGAAAGAAGAGAAUAAGUUGUCGAAUGCGAGCUCAUUCACCAAUGAACGACACCAUUUACAAAUGAUUGCGCACGGCUCACUUGACACCCUCGAGGACCGACAAUUUCUUGAUUCAAACAUAUCUAAUGUUUGCACAGAUAUUAAAUUCAUCCUCCUCCAUCAACAUAAACAUGAGGAAGGAAUCCGCCAAUUCUUGAUGGACGUAUGGGAACUAUGGGUCAAGGUCUUCAUGAAUCCGUUCCAAGAGCUGGAUGCUCCCAUCAAAUCCUCGUCAUUCGACGCCCGAGUUCGUGCAAGUGCCAAGCGUCACUUGUAA